GCUGUCCAUGGUAACGGAUGUGAUAGGCUGAACUUGGGAAAGAAAGAAGCUCGCCUCGUUCAGAAUAGCAGCGGCGCUGGAGUAGCCAACAGUCGUCGUCUGAUAGCUCCAGCCAAAACGGGACAUCGAACCUUUUUUAUUUUAUUUAUUUAUUUGGUUCGAUUGAUAUCCUCUUCUCAAACAAGAUGUGACUUUUAUAACAAGACUAAUACCUUUUAGAAUAUUCAUGUCAGGAUAGCCGGGAGAGAGAACGCGGAGGGGUUUUGCGAAUGGAAGUUAUUUGUUGUGAAUUGUUUUGAGUAUGUUAUGCCGACGUGAGUUUGUUUUUGGGUUGUCUCUGUUCGCCGUGGACCUUUAAUUUGGAAUCUAACGACGAAAACCAGAUCGUCGAGGGAAACCCAGAGAGAGGAUUCUACGAAGCCAGAGAGCUCCCAACAGACCGGGGAUUUAAAUUGUGUUUGGUGUGCUCCGGGAGAAGCGAGAGUCAAAGAAAGAAAUUCAUGUGGCCAUUCUCUCUUUAGCAAAAUAUUUUGGAUUGCAGAAUGAGCAAGGAAAGACCCAAGAGGAAUAUCAUCCAAAAGAAAUACGAUGAUAUCGAUGGGAUCCCCUGGUCAGAGGAGAGGGACGUGAGGAAGGUGCUCUAUCUCUCCCUGAAGGAGUUCAAGACUGCUCAGAAAAGGCAGCUCGGAGACGGCAUCGGCGAUGGAACCAAAUACACUAAUGGUUCCCAUGCCCGCGGGCAGCUCAAUGGCUCAGGGCAGAAGGGCCACAAUGCUGACGGGUCACGGUUCCAGAGCAUCGACGGCAGCAGUGAGUACUCUGAGGAUGGCCCUGCCAAGAAGAGGCCCAGACUGCAAGCACAGAGGAAGUUUGCCCAGUCUCAGCCCAACUCUCCCAGCACCACCCCGGUCAAGGUGUCUGAUACCGCCCUGCCCGCACCCUCCGCUCACAUCAGAGACAUCUCCAGACGAAAACCCAAGACCGAAGAUUUCCUCACCUUCCUCUGCCUGAGAGGUUACUCCUCGUGGCCAAAUGAAGGGUCAUCAGUGUUGCCCAGUAACAUGGCGUACUUUGGGAGCUCUCAGGAUGAAGAUGCACUGGAUGAUGAAGAGGAGUACGAGGAUGUAAAGCCAGAUGUCAGCGUGGCAUCUACUUCCUGUCAGUCCACACCCAGGAAGGGCAAACCCCAAGGGAAACAUGCCGUCAAUGGCCACGUGUUGAACGGCCCCAGCAAGGCGCCCCGAGACAGCCCCAAGCCCAGAGGGAAGGAGUGGGUGCAGGUGAGAGAGCGCAGUGAGAGAGCCGAGGCCCGGAGGGAGCAGGCCCUCAGCCAGCUAAAGGCUACAGCCAGGGGCCACACUACCAACGGACUGCCCCACAGGAGGGCCGCAGAGGAGCUCAGCAAGCAGGUCUCUAAAGUGAACGGAGUCACACGGGCGUCCCAGACAGGGAUGCAUACGGCCGGUGCCAAAAAACCGAAAGACUUCAGACUGCCGUCCAAAACUGUGAAUGGCCUCGUCACAUACACCAAAGGAAAACGAGAAAUGGUCAAGAAAACCAAACUGAACAAGCGCAAACACAGCACUGCUGCUACCCAUAGAGCCCAUAGCAACAAUCGCCACCACAACCACCUCCAGCGCCACCAGCGACUCCCCCUCUCCAACUCAGGAAAAGCCCAGAAUAGUAAAGCAAAAACAAGCAAACAGGUGCUAUUAUCCAAUGGGGUGCACAAGGUGACCAAUGGGGGUGGAGUGCGCUUCAACGGGCACCUCUGUGCCAAGCAGGAGGUGGGCAGGCAGGGGCGUGAGGGACUGAGGAACUCCAAGCGGAGGCUGGAGGUGGCGGUGGCUGCCAUCGGGGCGGUGGCUGACUCCCAGGGUAAGCUGGUCGUCCUGGAAACUAACCCCAACCGUAAGAAGACCAAACAGAACCAGAGCAGCCCCCUGGACGGUAAGACCAAGCACCAGACCAGCCCUCUGGAGACACGCAGUAAGAAAGCGUGUCAGGGCAAGGCCUCGGUCCCUAACGGACACAUUGUCAUGGAAACCACCCCUCCCCCCUCCCUGCUAGCCCCACCCCCUCCCUCCACACCACUAGCCAAUCCAGAGCCAGGGCGUCAGCGGCCUAAGCGAGCGUCAGCCGGCAAGUUGAUGUUCAUCAGACAAGCACAGCACCGGGCGCAGGCUGCCUCUAACCCUAACCACACCCUUAACCGCUCAACUACCUCAGAGUCGCCUGGCCACACCCCCGGGCAUACCCCUCACAAACCAGCAGAGCCUCGGCCUGACAGGGAGUGGGAAAGGGAGAAGGAGCGGGAUGAAGAGAGGGAGAGGGCGGAGAGGAGCAGGGCGAGCUGGGCAGCGUUGGGUGAGGCACCAGAGUUCUGUCCCACCCAGCGGGAGUUCCAGGACCCCCUGGUGUACCUGGACUCUGUGCGGGAGGGGGCGGAGCCCUGCGGACUGUGUCGGGUGGUUCCCCCGGCUGACUGGCGCCCAGAGUGCAAACUGAAUGAUGAGAUGCGCUUUGUGACCCAGGUGCAGCGCAUCCACAAGCUAGGCCGUCGCUGGGGCCCUAACGUACAGAGGCUAGCCUGCAUCAAGAAGCACCUCAAAUCUCAGGGCAUCACCAUGGAAGACCCCCCACUCAUCGGUGGCUGCGAGGUGGACCUGGCUCGGUUCUUCCAGCUGAUUAAUGACAUGGGCGGCAUGCAGCAGGUUAUGGACCUGAAGAAGUGGAGUAAACUGGCUGAUCUGCUGCGGAUCCCCAAGUCAGCCCAGGACCGGCUGGCCAAGCUGCAGGAGUCCUACCUCCAGUACCUGCUGUCCUAUGACUCUCUGUCCCUAGAGGAGCACCGGCGCCUGGAGAGGGAGGUGCUGCAGGAGAAGGAGGGCCUGGAGCGCCGCAGGGGGCCCCUGGAGGGCCACACAGAGAGGAGCCUGACCCUGCCACGCUACGAGCCCAAGAACGGGCUGGUCGGCAGUCUGGUGCAGCACAGCAACGGUCAGCUGUGCAGCCGGCUGAAGGAGCUGGACAGUCAGCAGCUCAAGGUGGGACGCCGGAGGCUGUUCUCUCAGGAAAAGAGGAAUGGGGAAAUGACACAGCAGGAGGAAGAUGAGGAGGAGGAGAAGGGGGUUCUCAGUGACCAGCACAAGUGUAUUUACAAGGGGAAAUCUGUAUCGCUCACCAACUUCUUCAGGAUAGCCAGGAACACCAUGAUCAUGUGCUUUAACAAAGAGCCUGGGGCUGCUGAGGUCGAGCAAGAAUACUGGAGGAUAGUGGAGCAGAGGCACUGCCAUGUGGCAGUGCAUUAUGGGAAAGUGGACACCAACACACACGGAAGUGGCUUCCCCGUGGGAAAGUCAGAGCCAUUUUCUAAACAUGGAUGGAACCUCACUGUCCUCCCUAAUAAUUCUGGAUCCAUUCUGCGGCAUCUUGGAGCUGUGCCCGGGGUCACCAUUCCUUGGCUGAACAUUGGCAUGGUCUUUUCUACCUCAUGCUGGUCUCGAGACCAAAACCGCCUUCCAUACAUUGAUUACUUACACACUGGUGCUGACUGCAUUUGGUAUUCUAUUCCUGCUGAGGAGAAGGUGAAGCUUGACAAGGUGGUUCACACACUGCUGCAGGCCAACGGGACCCCUGGGCUGGAGAUGCUGGAGAAGAACAUCAUGAUCUCUCCAGAGGUGCUUUGUCGAGAGGGUAUCAAGGUCCACCGCACCGUCCAGCAGAGCGGUCAGUUUGUGGUCUGCUUCCCCGGGACCUUUGUGUCCAAGGUCUGCUGUGGCUACAGUGUGUCGGAAACUGUGCAUUUUGCCACCCCCCAGUGGAUGAACCUGGGAUAUGAGGCUGCUAAGGACCUGAAAUGCCGGCACAUAGCUAAACCCUUCUCCAUGGAGAAGUUACUCUACCAGAUCGCCACGGCCGAAUCCAAACGCGAGAACGGGCACAUUCUGACUACGAUCUCCGCCCUUCUCAAAGACCUCAGGAACAUAGAGAUGAGACAACGACAGGAACUGUACGAGGCAGGGCUUCUGUCCUCUGCCCGCUACGGAACACAUGAUAACAGCCUGUUGCCCGGUGAUGGACGCAAGAAACCCAGGAAGUGGCUGGCGCUGGAGUCGUCAGAGAGACGCUGCCAGACUUGCCAACACCUCUGCUACUUGUCCAUGGUGGUCCAGGAGAAUGAGAACGUUGUCUUCUGUUUGGAGUGUGCUUUGAGAUACGUGGAGAAUCACAAGUCCUGCAGAGGCCUCAAGAUGAUGUAUCGUUACGAUGAGGAGCAGAUUAACAGCUUGGUGAAGCAGGUGUGUGGUAAGGCCCUGGGGAAGACGACUGAGAAAUGUAACGGUGCAAGCCCCAUCAAACCCCCACCUAAACGCGGACCCCGGAAGAGAGAGACCGUGGAGGUGUCCCUGUCCCGCCUCUCCUCUUCCCACCUGUCUCCUGCAGCCGUCACAUGAGGACGUUAACACCCCCCACUGCCCCUCCAUCUUAGCUUGGAGAAUCACUGUUGUCCUUUUUUUAAAGAAAGAAAAAAUAUAAUGCCCCAAAUCUCCCACGCAACCUUACUAUGACAAACUACCCCACCCACCCCCUUACUAUGACAAACUACCCCACCCACCCCCUUAGUAUGACAAACUACCCCACCCACCCCCUUACUAUGACAAACUACCCCACCCACCCCCUUAGUAUGACAAACUACCCCACCCACCCCCUUACUAUGACAAACUACCCCACCCACCCCCUUAGUAUGACAAACUACCCCACCCACCCCCUUAGUAUGGCAAACUACCCCACCCACCCCCUUAGUAUGACAAACUACCCCACCCACCCCCUUAGUAUGACAAACUACCCCACCCACCCCCUUAGUAUGACAAACUACCCCACCCACCCCCUUAGUAUGACAAACUACCCCACCCACCCCCUUAGUAUGACAAACUACCCCACCCACCCCCUUAGUAUGACAAACUACCCCACCCACCCCCUUACUAUGACAAACUACCCCACCCACCCCCUUAGUAUGGCAAACUUGUGAAAGCAAGCAGUCUUUUUUUGCACUAGCACGGGAAAUGUUUUUUCAGUUAAUUUUUUUGUGGGGGGGGGGGGUUAGCAUUAAUUGAAAUGUUCACAGGUAAAUGCUGUGCCCCUUUCACUGCCCCCCCCCCCAAUGUGUGCAGUCAGUCCCAUCGCCAUCUGUCACUCAACUGUGAACAAAGGGAUGAGUGGAGAAGGUGCUCCUUUUUUUAUUUUAUUGAAAUGACGCAAGUAGAACCCAAAGUUCUCUCAUCUUUAGUUUUUGAAGAUUUGUUAUUUUUAUUCUCCUCUGCCUGCAGAAGCGCCUGUUGUUCAGGGCCUGUUGUUCAGGGCCUGUUGUUCAGGGCCUGUUGUUCAGCGCCUGUUGUUCAGCGCCUGUUGUUCAGCGCCUGUUGUUCAGCGCCUGUUGUUCAGCGCCUGUUGUUCAGCGCCUGUUGUUCAGCGCCUGUUGUUCAGGGCCUGUUGUUCAGCGCCUGUUGUUCAGCGCCUGUUGUUCAGCGCCUGUUGUUCAGCGCCUGUUGUUCAGGGCCUGUUGUUCAGCGCCUGUUGUUCAGCGCCUGUUGUUCAGCGCCUGUUGUUCAGCGCCUGUUGUUCAGCGCCUGUUGUUCAGCGCCUGUUGUUCAGGGCCUGUUGUUCAGGGCCUGUUGCUCCCUAACCCAUGCCAGGUAGAACUUGAAAGGCAGAUGUGUUUUGGCUGGCUUGUUUUAUUUGGGAUUUUAGCUUUGAUUUUUAGAAUUUGAGGAACUCUUCUGUGUUUAUUUUGUCAUCGUUGUUUCCUUUUUCUUUGUUACUUGUGGAACUAGUGGUGCCGUGGCUGUAUGUCAGAAACACAGCCUGGGGUGCCGUGGCUGUAUGUCAAACGGACCAAGGUGCCAUGGCUGUAUGUCAGAAAUACAGACCUCGGUGCCGCUGGUCUCUGUCUCUGUAGUAGGAGGGAGGCCUCCUUCGCUAGCAAGUGAAAACUGUGCCUGAUACUCAACAAAGAGAUCCAUUGUUUUUGGUGCUGUUGGUUAUUAUUACUGUUAUAACAAUAACAAUACAAAAGAAAGGUGGGGUGCUGGCUAACUGCUAGCCCCUUCUCCCACAGGGCGGUAGCCUCUAGGCUCUCCUCUCCCAUAGGGUUAGGGUUCUAGGCUCUCCUCUCCCAUAGGGUUAGGGUUCUCGGCUCUCCUCUUCUCGAUGUGCAAUCAUGUUAACAUUCCAUUCUUCCAGUCCUACUGUUUCAUCUGUAUCAGUUAACAUUAAUAAUUGUAUUAUUUUCUAUUUUGAUUGUGUUUUUGUUCUAAUGUGCGAGUAGAGUCACUAGUCAAAGGGUGUGAAAUGUGAAAUAUGGAAAUAUUUUUUUUGUUUUGGGGUGUGUAUUUUAGGGUUUUCCCUUUUUUUCAGAUGUAUUAUGAAUUAUUUUAGCAGAAGGUCCAACACAACAUACAUUUUUGUACAUAAUCCUGUAAAUGUCUUUAAAUACUCAAGCCUUUUUCUGGGGUGAAGGAAGGAAAAUGAUACCAUUUUAAAGGUAUUACAGGAAGCAAGGGAGGAAGUGCUUGAUGAAGAAAAGCCUUACGUUUCAGUUUCUUCAUCUGUGUGAGUUUGAUGCUUACAGGGUUGCUCUGGUUACGUGUAUACAUUUUAAGUGCUGCUUACAUCACUAAGACAAAGAUAUGGAGUAGCUAUGGCCCCCUAGUUUUUUUUUUCCUUUAGCUUUACUUUUUUAAAGAAAAGGGAACAUAUGUUCACAAAAAUGUACUGAAAAUUCAACAAUGUAGUAGCUCCUCAUGUUGCACUGAGCUUGCCAGUGGUGGCUGACAAGGUGAUCCUAUUAUCCAGUUUGUUGGUGGUUGUUGUCCUUUACAGAAGACUGAACUGUUUUAGGAAUAUUUAAUGAAAACCAAGUCGGUCGUUUUCAACAAAAGUGGUUAAGUUUUUAUGGCCUUACAAUGUAUUUUAUUCAGAUUUCUUUGCAAUUUUCUUUUUCUACAGUAUAAACUAUUGCUCACGGUCUGGCAAGUUAAUUUAUUAGCACUGCGUCUCCAUCUUUCCUUCCACUUGGAAAGAGUUCAUGUUGGUUAUAUUGCCAGUUUUUUACUUUUGCAGUUUGUACUAAAGGUUUAAUAAAAACGUACAGACAA